AUGACUGCCUCCAAGGUGUAUGACGUCGUCGUCGUUGGUGCUGGCCUGAGUGGCCUACAAGCCGCCGUCGUAGUUCAAGCCGCAGGGCUUACUGUCUGUGUUCUAGAGGCCACUAAUCGUGUGGGUGGAAAGACACUUUCAGUCAAAUCCUCCGAGAAGGGAUACAAUGACUUGGGAGCGGCGUGGAUCAACGACACGAAUCAAAGCGAAAUGUUCAAGCUCUUCAAGAAGUAUGGCUUGGAUACAGAGGUCCAACGUGCGUGUGGAGAUACUGUCAUCCACCAUGCAGAUGGCGCUGUGGAGAAGGUGCCUUACGGACAACUAUCAGGAAACUUCGAACUUCUUUUGGAGCUCGUGGAAAUUUUGAGAGAAGAAUCCUCGACCGUAGAUUUGGAGAAUCCUCUAAAAUCACACAACGCAGCUGAGAUUGACCGGUUGACGUUCAAGGAAUUUUGUGUCCGAAGGACGCACAAUGAACAGACAAUCGGAAUUGCAAAUCUGAUUUCCUCUGCGUUGCUCGGAGUGGAAAGUGAUGAAGUUAGUGCUUUGUACAUGCUGCAUUAUUUCAAGUGUGGCUGUGGUAUCGACAAUCUCUUGUCGGACCGGAAAGAUGGGGGUCAAUAUCUGAGGAAUCGACAGGGAAAUCAAACAAUCUCGAAGAAGUUUGCAGAAGAGCUUGGGUCGAAUUCGGUCUUCUUAUCAAAGCCAGUCGCCUCGGUGGACCAAUCCAAAGAUGGCCAAGGCGUUGUCGUCCUGACUCAGUCUGGGGAGCUUUUCCACGGUCGGAAGGCCAUCAUCUCAGUUCCUACAACGCUAUACCCUACUAUAACCUUCAACCCUCCGUUGCCUGCGAAGAAAACAGCCCUGAGCGAUAACACUGUUAUGGGGUACUAUAGCAAGACUGUGUUUGUCUUCAAGGAUCCUUGGUGGCAAACUGCCGGCUUGUCAGGCAUCUUGGAUUCGGAAGUUGGACCCAUCAGCUUUACAAGGGAUACCAGUAUACCAGCAGAUGAUCAAUGGUCCAUCACCUGCUUUAUCGUGGGUGAACGAGGAAGGCAAUGGUCAAAAUUGUCCAAAGCCGCUCGUCAUAAGCAAGUAUGGGAGCAAUUCAGCCAAACCUUUGGCAAGUAUGUGAACAAUAUACCCGAGCCGACCAAUUCGAUAGAAAUGGAAUGGGCCAAACAGGGCUAUUUCUUGGGGGCGCCUUGCCCAGUCAUGACGCCCGGCGUAUUGACAACGGUGGGCACUGAGCUCGCAACAUCCUUUGGAGAUGUCCAUUUUGUGGGCACUGAGACGUCAACGGUUUGGCGGGGAUAUAUGGAAGGCGCGGUGCGAUCGGGUCAACGAGGAGGUGCUGAGGUUGUGAAGGAGCUGAUGAAUGAGCUUUCUGUGAGGUAG